CGACGAUAAGAUCUACAAAUAGCAAAGCCAAAAGUGACUUGGCAUUAUCCAAUUUUUGCUUAAUAGGGAAAAAAAGAAGUGGUAUCGUCGAUCUACAAAUAGCAAAGCCAAAAUGACUUGGCAUUAUCCAAUUUUUUCUUAAUAGGGAAAAACAGAAGUGGUUUUUAUAAUUUUGAUUGAAGUUUUAGGUUUUCGCAUCUCUCUUUCCGUUUCCAGUUCAACUCCCACUGUAAUCCUUCGAGUUUUGAAGGUGCUUGCCUGAAAAGAUUAUCUACGACUUCGUUUUCUGACGACGGGGUCCGCUCUGAUCUCCCUCGUCGAGGACUGCUUGGGAAAGUAAUACAACAGAUAGGAAUGGAGCUUUCACUAGCUGACUUCCAGUCCCCCCGAAGUGAUUGGAUAGAGUAUUUCAAACAUGAUACAAUAAUUACCAACUUUGAACAGAAGGAUUACUGUCGUAGAGUUUUCAGACGGAGAUGUUGGAUCUUAUUGUUUAGAGAUACGUCACGCACCCUGGUGUUUUGAAACUCUAUCAAUCUAAAACACAUAAGGUUUAUAGAUUUUGAUCAUGAGGGGAAAAAUGUCACAUGCCAACUAUUGCCACAAUUACCAAGCAAGUGAAUGCAGGGAAGAAAACAAGGGAGAAACUGUUUCUGCUGAUUCAAAUUUGUCAAAUGACGUAUUGGAAAAAAUUUUAGUCUAUCUUCCCAUUGGAAGCAUUUUUAGUUCAAGUUCUGUAUGCAAAAGAUGGCAUGGGAUUGUUAGUUCUGAAAGGUUUUUACAAUAUUCCGAUGCUCAAUCACGGAAGCCUUGGUAUUUUAUGUUUACAAGCAAAGAUGAACAAGUGGGUUAUGCUUAUGAUCCUUCUCUUGGUAACUGGUAUGGCAUAGAACUGCCUUUCAUACUGACACCCAAUUGGUUCAUUGCUUCUUCACAUGGUUUGGUUUGCUUCAGGGACAAUAAUAGUGGAAGUGACUUUCAUGUCUGCAAUCCUAUCAAAAAACAAUGCAAGAAGAUUGUUGAGCCCCCUGGUUUGGGAAUUUCUGAAUACGGUGCACUUGCAAUAUCUGUUAGUAGUGAAUCACAUGGUUAUACCAUCUCGAUUGUGAAGUCUAAGAAAGUCCUAGAGAAUCCUUCUCAGUGGGAUAUUUCGAUCCAUAUAUAUGAUUCAAAGACAGUGAUGUGGGUGACAUCUUUGUCAGAGGUUUUGAUUGGGUGGAGAGGUGGUAAUGAGAGUGUUAUCUGUGACAGUGUGCUGUACAUUUUGAUUUACUCCACCGACAUUGGCGCACGUGGAAAUCGGCAUGGCCUAAUUACCUAUAAUCUUUCUAGCAGAUCGUCAAAUGGUUUGUUGAUUGACACUUUGAUUCCUGAACCCAUCUCUCUCACUUGUGGUCGAUUGACGAACCUGAAGGAGAAGCUGGUAAUGGUGGGUGGAAUUGGAAAACCUGAUAAACCUGGCAUAAUAACGGGAGUUCGCAUCUGGGUUUUGAAUGGUAAGGAUUGGCAAGUAGCUGGACGUAUGAGCCAUGACUUUUUCCAAGGAUUUGGGGAACUCGAUGAUGUGUUUGCUAGCAGUGGUAUGGUUGAUCAUAUAUACAUCCAGAGCUAUGGAAAACCUUUACUUGUUGUUUUUGACAUGAAUCAGAAGAAAUGGAAACGGGUAGCGAACUGUCCCCUGAAAAAGAGAUACCAGCUCCAGCUCUUUUCUGGAUUUUGCCUUGAACCGAAGCUUGCAAUAGCUCCAUAAGGUGGUGUUGGAUUUAUGGUUUCUUAUAGAAAAAUAUUUCUAAAAGUCCCACCUUUAUAUUUCUGUUUCCUUUACUUCCAAUUAUUUUGAAAUCUAUGUUUAAAAAAGUCUUGUACUGAAUAUGCCAACUGACAAUCGUUUUUGUUUGCCUUUUGCAUGCCUGGCAAUCGCAAUUUUAAUUUUGAUGGAUUAGAAUAUCCUUUCCUCCUAAAACAUAUCUUGCAGAUGAUUGUUCUAGUUUCUAUGGAAUUGCUAUGGGGAUUGAACAUUCU